UUCUCAGUGGAGCUUCAUCUUUGAUUAUUAUUAUUAUUAUUUUUUUUUCUUUCUCUGUAAUGGAGUCUCUCUCACGUCCUCUUCACCGGAGAAAACUCUCAAAUGCUAAUGGAUUUUCCGGUAAACACGCUUACGACGGCGUUUUCUCCGGCCACCGUCCCGCCGGAGCUCCGGCGGUUAACGUUGAUGAGUACCGUGAGAUUUUUUCUACCUCUGGUUCUUCGAUUCCGGUGCUUGAUCUUUCUAAUUUCGAUGAAUCGUCUGAUGAAUUGAAAUUAAAACCGGAUUAUUGUAACAUUUUUGGUGGAUUUCGUGAGCAUGAUAUCGCUAUUUCGUAUGAAGAAUUGGUUGCUCGCGAUAAAGCUAGGGCUCCUUCGUCAACAAGCCAGAGCUCUGAAGAUCCGGGCGAUACGUCUCAUCAAUCUUCUGAUGCUUUGAAGCAGUUUAACAUGUCAUAUCACAAGAUCAGCCAAAGGAAUAAAAACGGGUUAGAUGGAACGACACAUGUCACACAAUUACAUGCUGUACCUGGAUUUACGUGUUUCAUUGACGAAUCAGCUUCUCAACCGAAUAACGAAACUGUGAAGCAGAAAUCAUCUUCAACGAAUAACGUUAAUGUCAACUCUAGCAAGCAGGAUCUUCCUGAGAAACAGACCACAAUAAAUAACGUUAAUGCGAACUCCAGCAAGCGGGAUCUUUCUGAGAAACAAACUUCACAAAGGCGUGUUGAAUUUAGUAUACAUCAAGAGGAAUCUUUAUCCGAUGCUAGAAAUAUCAAGAGUUUCGAGGCCGAUUUCGAAUCACAUCCCGCUAAAGUAUCAUCAUCACCUGAAUCAAAGAAGGAAACAAAGAAGCAGAAACCGUCUGCAACAAAUAACGUUCCGUCAUCACCACCUGCAGCUUCUCAACCAAAGACGGAAACCGAGAAGCAAAAAUCGCCUGCAACAAAUAACAUUCCUUUAUCAACACCUGCUGCUUCUCAACCAAAGAAGGAAACCGAAUCGUAUCCUUCUAAAGUAUCUUCACCACCUGAAUCAAAGAAGGAAACAAAGAAGCAAAAUCCACUUGCAACGGUUGACGUUCCGUCAUCAACACCUGCUGCUUCUCUACCAAAGAAAGAAACUGAAUCGUAUCCUUCUAAAGUAUCAUCAUCAUCAUCACGUGCGACUAACUUGGAUGAUCAUAAAGAUUAUCGAAAGAGAUCAACGGCUACAAACGAAGAAUUUCCUCGUACUUGCUUUGACGAAGAACUUCAUGUCAAUCCUGCAGCGGCUGCUUUGAGAAAAGCUAUAGAAAAGGCUCAAGAAAGUAUACGAAUCGCUAAAGAAUCAGUCGGAAAAAAGAAAGACGGACUUAGAGGGUUUUCAAGCAAAAGUUUCAAAGAAAGCUUGAAAGCUAAAGUAAGAGUUGCAAACGUAAAUGCAGAUGUAGAACAUAAAGAAAAGGAUCAUAAAAAUGGAAGCACGGUCGUAUUUUCAGACUUUGAUGACGGUGAGAAGCUUUUCGGUGCGAAAAAGGGUAUAAAUGAACUACAUGAGAAAAUAUCGGAAAGGUCUCCUUUUGUGUUUAACAAUAAUAAGACGGUUUGCAGUUUGAAACAAGUUGUUGGUGAAACAGAAACUGAAUCGGUUGAGAAUAAUGCGUAUCCGCGGAAGGAUGAUGAGAGACCCGAUGGUUUUCUUGUACUUGAAAGUUGUGAAAAGAAACACGGAGAUACCGUAUCCGACAACUUAACCGUGUGUCAAAAGGUGGAAACCAAGACGGAAGUAUCCCAAACGUCUGAUCAAAACGGUUACGAGAAGAAAUUCAGUGAAGAAUCGUUUGAAAGUUGUGAAACGAAACAAGGAGAUUCGUUAUCCAACAACUUAACCGUGUGUCAAAAGGUGGAAGCCAAGAAGGAAAUAUCCCAAACGUCUGAUCGAAACGGUUACGAGAAGAAAUUCAGUGAAGAAUCGUUUGAAAGUUGUGAAACGAAACAAGGAGAUUCGUUAUCCAACAACUUAACCGUGUGUCAAAAGGUGGAAGCCAAGAAGGAAAUAUCCCAAACGUCCGAUCGAAACGGUUAUGAGAAGAAAUUCAGUGAAGAAUCAUUUGGAUUAUUAGAAAAUAAUACGCACGAGUAUCUUGAACAAGAACAUGAAGAAAAAGUAGCAAGUGCGGAAACGCAAGAUGAAGCGGAAAGCCAUAGCGAAGAAGAGAAGUUUUACGAUGUUUGUGAGGCGGAAACGAUUAAAAAAGCACAAACGUAUGCUUAUAGCAGAGAAACGAAUGAUCCGUCUCAAAAAGCGGAUUAUGAAAAUCACGAGGCAGAAGAAACUUACGAGAAUUCAUCAAGUGAUUAUGAUGAUGCAGAAGAGAAUGAUAAUGUGAUCGAUGCAAGCAAUAUUGUAGUUGAUACAGAAGAGGCCCGCAAAGUUGACCAAAAUUACGACAAUGUGGAAUCAGGUCAUGAUAAUGAUGAUGUCAGCUCAAGUCACCGGUUCCAGGUCGAAUACGAAAAAACAGUAGAAAAAGAAAAAUUUGAAAACAUUUCUUCAGAUGAAACAGAAGACAACAAGGAUGAAUGCGAAGCAAAGUCCGAUAAUCUGGAAAACUGCGGCGUUGCUGAUGUGGAUUUUGGACAAGACGAUGUACGAUUUACAUCCUCUUCGGACACGAUACAUGGUAUGGAGAUAGAAGUUAAAGAAUACAAAGAAAGAGAGGAGACUUUCGAGAAAGAAGAAGAAAACAACAACGUCCAACAAUCUCAUGAACGAACACCUGAAAUUAGAAUAGAAACGGAUACAGGAACACCACAAGAACCUAAGGAUGCAUGUAGACAAUCCGAGCCAAGCAAAGCGGCACACGACAAAGAAGAAAGGGAGCGGGAGAGAAUAAAGUUAGCUGUGGAAAGAGCGAUCCGUGAGGCUCGGGAACGCGCGUUUGCGGAAGUUAGACAAAGAGUAAUUGCUGACACUCAAGAAAAGGUCACUAAAGCGUCUAUUGAUAAAACCUCCGCGCAAUCCAAACUUAAAGCCGAACGCGCUUUAGUAGAGCGAGCUACUGCGGAGGCUAGACAACGCGCGUUAGAAAAAGUUAUGAAAACGUCUCAGCCGAGAACACAAGUUAACGAGACUAAGCAAACUUAUUCUACAAGUCAAACGAAUACCGAGUCGGCUUUGAGAAGUAAAGCAAAGUUAGAAAAACAUAACAGGAUUAUGGAACGUGCGGCCAAGGCUCUUGCGGAGAAAGAGAAGCGCGAUCUGCUUGCUCUUAGAGAACAAGCUGAGAGAAAUCGGUUAGCAGAACAUCUUGAUGCUGAUAUCAAAAGGUGGUCAACCGGGAAAGAAGGGAACUUGCGUGCAUUGCUUUCAACCCUGCAAUAUAUUCUUGGAGCGGACAGUGGUUGGCAACCUGUGUCACUGACGGAGAUCAUAACCACCGCUGCGGUUAAGAAGGCUUACAGAAAGGCGACUCUAUGCGUGCAUCCUGAUAAGCUGCAACAAAGGCGUGCAAGCAUUCAACAGAAGUAUAUAUGUGAAAAGGUUUUCGAUCUUUUAAAGGCAGCUUGGAACCGAUUUAAUUCAGAAGAAAGAUAGCCUAAUGUUUGUUACCUAACCGAUCUUGAAUUAUUUCACCGUAUAGAAAUCUUCUUGAAGUUAUGGUAUUUUUUUAGUCAUUUACCAAAUUUGGUAGAUAUUGUUUGUAGCUUGUAUGACUGUAAGAGUGCAAGUGUACAUACAUUUUAGUUUUCGUUUUCGUUUUGAACGAUGAUUGUUUGUUGAAGCUGCGAACAUAUGAUAAAUGCAUAGCCUUUCGGUUUACAUGGCUGAUA